CGGUUUUACCCGCCGCUAGCUGAAACCCACGAGGCCACGAGCACCGCUUUUUCUCAAGUCACACCCACCUCGCCGCCUCGCCUCUGACCUCUUCCCCUUCGCCUCCACCCCUGCACCUGCGGGUGACCGUACUCCACUCCCCCAACCCCACAAGAAGGCCGAAACCCUAGAGCGCCACCGAUCGCCGCCGUGUGGCCCGGCCAAUGGAGGACGUCGCCGGCGGCGGACUGGCGGAGCUGCGCGAGGCGCACCGCCUGACGGGCCACGCCGACCGCGUGUGGUCCCUCGCCUGGAACCCCUCCCCGGGGCCCGGCGCAGGUCCCGUCCUCGCCUCCUGCGGCGGCGACAAGACGGUCCGGAUCUGGAAGCGCGCCCCCGACGGCGCAUGGCGCUGCUCGGAUGUGCUCGAGGACACGCACAACCGGACGGUGAGGUCCUGCGCUUGGUCCCCCAACGGGAAGCUGCUGGCCACCGCGAGCUUCGAUUCCACCACGGCGAUAUGGGAGUACACCGGCGGCGACUUCGAGUGCGUCGCCACAUUGGAGGGGCACGAGAACGAGGUGAAGAGCGUGUCUUGGAGCCCGUCCGGGUCGCUGCUUGCGACGUGUAGCCGGGACAAGAUGGUGUGGAUAUGGGAGGUGCAGCCAGGGAACGAGUAUGAAUGCGUCUCGGUGCUGCAGGGGCACACCCAGGACGUCAAGAUGGUGCAGUGGCACCCGUUCCUUGAUGUUCUUGUCUCCGUCAGCUAUGAUAAUUCGAUCAGGGUCUGGGCUGAUGACGGUGACGAUGAGUGGCGCUGUGUACAGACAUUAACUGAAGCCAAUAACUGUGGUCAUUCAUCAACAGUAUGGGCAUUAUCUUUUAGCCAUAAAGGUGAUAGGAUGGUCACAUGCAGUGAUGACCACACUUUGAAAAUAUGGGACACAAGUGCUGAUUUGUCUCAACCAAAAACUGUAGAAGGCCAUGAAUCUUGGCGGCACCUUUCUACUCUCACAGGAUAUCAUGGUCGAACUAUUUUUUCAGCCCAUUGGUCAAGCGAGGAUGUUAUAGCUAGUGGAGCAGGUGAUGAUGCAAUCUGCUUAUUUGCUGAGAAGAGUAGUAUGGUUGAGGGACCUUCAUACAGAUUAAUAUUGAAGAAAGAGAAGGCACAUGACAUGGACAUAAACUGUGUUCGAUGGUGUCCUCAGGACCCAAGGUUAUUGGCAUCUGCAAGCGACGAUGGCACAGUGAAAUUGUGGGAGCUGAGGGGGAGUGUACUGGAUUGAUUCUGUUUACUAUAUAUGUUUGUAGUGUACUGGAUUGAUUCUGUUUACUAUAUAUGUUUGUAGUUCUAGUUGUGUACCUUGAUAUUAGAGAACGGAUUAGGCAUCACCUCGUGGUUUCAGUUUUCCUGAACACUGCUCCCUGUUUAGUUUAUACUUGUACCUCAAGAGGGUGCAUGGUGAUGGUCUUUUAUCAGAUUUACCAUGCAAGGUUGAACAGUGCCAUCCUACCAAGAUGUGGAAUUGUUUGUGUAUACACUAUGGAAGGGACAACCAAACGCGUGAUCCAGCCAUUUUUACAAAUAAGUUAUGAAAGAUCCCGUUCAAUUCAUGUACAACAGCGAGUCUUGAAUACAGAUUUAUAGUUUAUUGUUUUACUGAA